AUGACACCGAAGCGCUUCUGCAGUUCGCAGGAGGCGCUGAGGCAAGCAUACCUAAAUCCAUACGACGAGUCAAGGAGUAGUAUGUUAAAUGUUGUGCGACGCGGCCGCUCUAUUGUCAAUGGUCAAUGGUACCUGCUCAACGAGCAACUACUUCGCAAACUACACCGGUAG